CGGCCCGGCCGCCCCGUCUGUCCACCAUGUGCAGACCGCGAGCCCGCGCGGCGUCGGGGGGCAGGGCCCAGCGCUGCGCGGUGCCAGGCACGGUGCUCCUGCUGCUCGCCUACUUGGCUUACCUGGGCCUGGGCACCGGCGUGUUCUGGAUGCUGGAGAGCCCCGCGGCGCGGGACUCCAAGGCGAGAUUCCAGCGCGACAAGUGGGCGCUGCUGCGCAACUUCACGUGUCUGGACGGCCCGGCGCUGGACUCGAUGAUCCGGGGCAUCAUCCAAGCCUACCAAAGUGGGGACAUCAUCCUCGGCAACACCACCAGCAUGGGGCGCUGGGAGAUCAUGGGCUCCUUCUUCUUUUCCGUGUCCACCAUCACCACCAUUGGCUACGGCAACCUGAGUCCCCGCACGAUGGCCGCCCGCCUCUUCUGCAUCUUCUUUGCUCUGGUGGGGAUCCCCCUCAACCUCGUGAUGCUCAACCACCUGGGGCACCUCAUGCAGCGGGGUGUGCACCGCUGUGCCCGCAGGCUGGGGGGAACCUGGCAGGACCCAGCCAAGGCCCGCUGGCUGGCGGGCUCCGGCGCCCUCCUCUCGGGCCUCCUGGUCUUCCUGCUGCUGCCCCCGCUGCUCUUCUCCCACAUGGAGGGCUGGAGCUACGUGGAGGGCUUCUACUUCGCCUUCAUCACGCUCAGCACCGUGGGCUUCGGCGACUACGUGAUUGGGAUGGACCCCUCUCGGAGUUACCCGCUGUGGUACAAGAACACAGUGUCCCUGUGGAUCCUCUUUGGGAUGGCGUGGCUGGCCCUGAUCAUCAAACUGAUCCUCUCCCUGAUGGAGACCCCAGGGAGAUCGCACUGCUGCUACCGCCACAGCUCCAAGGGGGAUCUCAAGCCCCGAAGCUGGAGGCAGGGCCCAGAUGGAGAGGCAGAGCCCCGCUCCCCACAGCCGGGCUUUCCGGAGGGGCCUGCGGGGGCCACGCAGCAUUCGGCACCCUCCGCUCAGGUCUCCUGCUGUGGAAAGGACAGCUAG